AUGGAUUCGCAGCUGUCAAGAGAGGACAACUCGAAAGAGUUGAGAGUUAUCCCACCAUCUGUGCAGGAAAGGAAGACCGGCUGCAAGACAGUGAUAAUUUAUUUAGAGGAAGCAGGUGGGGCGAAGUACCUCUUCCCAGGCUGCUCAGUCAGACAGGCUGUUUCUGAACCAUCGCUGGAUAAGAACAGCAAAGAGCAGAGCUCUGAAAAUAUCGCCGUUGUAGGGUGCCGUGUAGACAACGCUAAUUCCAGUCGCGCUGAUGAGGCUGAACUUCUCCCGGCGGCUAGGGAAGCCGCAAUUGCUGCUCAACACGAUCGUCGUGUGCAGUGGGACAUCCUAGCAGAAGAUGUGUCCGUAAUUACAAGGAGAUUUGAACAGUUGCUACAGAAGGAGCAGACUCAACAGCAGGUUCCACGUGCUGUGCGACGCUCUACGGUUGGAUGUGAGCACUUACUACACAGUAAAGAAGUUUCUAAACAGAGACCAUGA